UUUUGUCUUGGUGCUGGAGCGACCCAGCCCCUGCCUAGACCUCGGGACAUUCUGCGAAAUGCAGAGAAAUAAUCGUCUCUCGGAAGAUGUGGCUCGAGAGAUCAUGCGGCAGGUGGUUCAAGCCGUUGGUCACUGCUUUGCCCACGGAGUUUUCCACGGCGACCUCCAGUCCAGUAACAUUCUGGUGAAUACGGACACGCUGGAGGUGAAGUUGAUAGACUUUGGCUGCAGCGAUUUGGUGUCAGACUUCGGCAGGAUGGGAUAUAUUUCUUGCAUCUGGAGUCUGGGUUUAAUCCUGGCUGAAAUGAUCUGUGGAGACGUUUAUAUUGAGUCUUCGAAUAAGAUAAUUGAGAAGUGUUCACAGUUUGUUUCUCCAGAGUGCUGCCAGCUGUUAUCAGUGUGCCUGCAAAACCCCAUGGAAGCUCCAACGUUCGAUGAAAUCCUGAACCACAGCUGGUUUAGACAGACACUGCCCAGAUUGCCGGCUCCUGAAGACCCUGGAUCUUCUAACUGACCCAAAAAAUAUCCUUUAAAAAAAAAAAAAAGUGCUUGAUCACGCCCCAGACCCGCCUCCACAUGCUCCCACCACUCGACUCCAUCAGACCUUCUUGCGUCUCUUGGUCAGUAGCCGCCUGCAGCACCGGUGCGAUCCAGCUGAUUAACAGCUGUCGCUCUGCCUGCUUUAAAUUGUAAAAGUUCCCAGAAAGCAUCACUGGCAUCAACACAAGGCCUCAGUGCUCCACUGUAGAAGCACAAGGUCAUGUUGUUGUGUGUUCUUCAGGAAACACAAUUGCACAUCACUUCUGCCACUGUGAUGGGCCAAACAGAUGUUUGCUUCUGGGGUCGUUUUGGCAUCACCUCAGCUAGUCUAAUGGAAAACCAUUGCACUGUUUCUUUAGGCAGCAGCAGAUUUGUUGGGUAUCAGAGCCACCACUGGUCCUAUCUGACCUUAUAGUCUACAGCUAUAGAAGAUUAUUGAUUUAUAAUCACAUUCUCUGGUGGCACCCAGAUGAGGAUGGGUUCCCUUUUGAGUGUGGUUCCUCUCGAGGUUUCUUCCUCAUGUAGUUUCAGGGAGUUUUUCCUCGCCACUGACUUGCUCAUUAGGGAUCUGAAUCUAUAAACUGCUGCUGCUAAAAUGAAAGAAAUGGGCUUUCUGCUGGAUCUCAGACAUCACGACAGUCUUAAGCAUUACUUGAAUAGUUACAUGGGAGGUACAUA